AUGUUCCAAGUUUUAUUAGACUAUGUUUCAGCUGUAAGUUUGCCAAAAGUAAAGCGACUACCAUUUGAUCCGCUGAAGCAUCAAACGAUGCAUCUAGAACGUCUUAUGCGCGAUAGAGGUUUUAUUGACUCAAGGCUAGAUGAGGAGCAACCUUUGUCUUGUUUAAAAAAUUAUCACCAUGGUGGUGAAAUUAUAAAAAGGGUAGAGUCUCUCAAUGCUGAAUAUUGGAGUUUGCCAAAUCUAAUGCAUUUACCACCUCAGCAGUCUAGCGCAUUCAUUACUUCAUCGUCGAAUUUAUCAUCAUCCUCUGUCGAAAGUACUUUAGGAGCUGAUGUAGAUUAUCGAAUUUAUUAUUCAUACCUCAUGCUCUAUUUGUUGAAGAAGGUGGUGGAAAUUUUGAAAGGAAGUUGUAAGACAGCUAAUAAUUUUUUAUUGUCAGUUCAUCAGUUAACAAUCAUAGAAACGGCAUUCGAGUUCAUUAUACCUACUUCCGUUACACCGUAUGUUGAUAAAGGUGUGAUUUUGCAUUUGGGUAAAAGUACUCUUGUAAAACAUUGGAAGCCGACUAUUGGAGAUGUAGAGUUCCGAAAACAACAGUUAAAAAAAGCACUGGAUGUUUUUAAUGAUUUGAUGAAUUCAAGCGACAUGAUUAAAAAUUCUUUGGUGCGGAAGUUUUUGGCAGAAUACAUCUGUCUGAAUGAACAACUCAUCAAGCUUGGUGAAAAAGAACACAAAGAAAAGUAUGAAAAGUUCAUUUUGACACUUGAUAGACCAAUGUUGAUCACAUCACUGUUUAUUUUGUUGACUGCAAAUAAAGAACAACCAAAAUGGCUGCAUGUAAAUAUUAAAAAAGCUGUUAGCAAACAUAUCACAAAGCUUCUAUUACUGGAAAACGGGUUGUAUCAUUUGAUAACAGCAGUAGCAGAAGGUGCUAAUUGUUUUGGUAAUUUUGGAUUUGUGCAGUCAUUUUCACGAAUAUUGGUAACAGUUCCAUUCAAAUUGUCGAAAGAUAAAUAUUAUCAGUUUUUAGUCCAGAACUUUUUGGUUGUCUUAGAGAUGAAAAGUGAGGAUCGAAAAAAAACAUAUUUUUGGUUUCAGAAGCAUCCAAAUGCCGCUGAUGCUGCAGUUUGCUUUGCUGUUGUGUUAGAUUUACUGCCGAAAAAUUUAGUCGAAAAUAUAUUUGAUGCGUUAUUACUGCCAUGGGAGAAUCUAAAAAAUGAUUGUUAUUCAAUAUACCCACCAAAGAAAGCAAAUUGUUUCAAUUUGAUGUUAGAUAAAUCGCUCAGGAUUUUAUCAUUUUAUGCUAAAGCGCUUCCAAAAGGAAUGAAGCUACCACUUUUUCAUAGAUUUAAAGCGCUAUUCAAUUUAUGGACUGUUCUGUAUGCUAGCUGCAUCAAUAUUAUUGAGGAAAGAAAAACAGAAAUGCCUUCGGAUUUCGGCAAUACGUCUCUUGGGUUGCCUGAUAUUUUAUAUCGGAUUAUUGAUAAUCCAACAUUCGAAACCGUGGAUGAAAAGGCAGAUUUUAUUGUACGUCAGAUAGAAGAUUAUUCUGAGUCUUAUAUACCAGAAUUUUAUUUCAAAUCGGUUUUGGUUGAAGAAGUCGAACAAAAUGAAAUGGACCAAAAUCAAAAUAGAAACUGUCACGAAGAGUUUGAAGCAAAGAAGGACGAAAUUAAAGAUUGGAAGUUUGGUUUAGAACAACCAAAACAAGAAUUAGGAAAUAGUUCGACAUCCAAUAGGAAUUUAUGGUUGCAAUCCCUCAAAGUUCAUUAUCCCAAUCUUCAAAUACAUCUUACGAAACCUCGGAUGGGAGACAGCGCAUUUAUUCAAUUUGAGAAGGGAAUUUUGAAAACUUUGCAGAUAUGCGUUGUGCUGGAUAUCAUCAUACUUUCCCAAUCCGAAGUUCCACAUCGUAUCCCAAACAUCCCUGAUUUCCUCAGUCCUUUUAUUGUGGCUUACAGGCUGUUCUUCGGUCAGACUUCUAUAAAACCGUCUUCUGAACAGCUCGAAUCUGGCGUAUUGUAUUUUGAAUGCACAACGGGUCUUAUAACUUUUUAUUUUACUUUCGUAAAUCUCACCGGUCUGUCAAUAUGCUUAACGCUUCAUGACAGUGAAGCUUAA